CCAGCAGCCUGACAGCCCGGCUUCCCGCUGGGUGGAUCUGCAACUCCAGGAGGGAAUGGCACUUCUUGUUUUUAAUUAGCAAAGGGGAAAGGUGAAUUAAAACUAGCUGUUUGGCAAGUCAGAGCAAGGGGCUGAGUUCUGAAGAGCACUGAGGAGGAGGGUGCUUGCCUUUUUUUUUUUUUUCUCCUUUUCCUUCCCUCCCUCUUCUGAAUGAAUUGCCUCGCAGGAGGGACCGAAAAUACAGCUUCUUCCUGAAUCCACUGGCAGAGUUACUAAAGAGAGCUCAAGACACAACACUGCAGAGUAACGCUCUGGAAUGUCCUCGCUCUUUAUAAACAAUUGUCCUAGGGAGAGAAUAUUUUUACAUGACAUUUGCACAGCUUGACAAAUGGCUAGCUGAGUCUGAGCGCUUCUCUGAUGAACGGUGAAUUUCCCAUAGAGAUAUCCCACAAACUGAUAAAAGAGAGAGAGCUAACUGCACUGGGAAAGUAGAAGGGGAACUUGGAGCCUUAAAACACCCCACCAAAAACAAUUAACAAACAGCAGCAAAGUGAAGAGUGCAAGAAUUUGAUCCUGGGCAGGAUGGCAUCUGCCCAGGACUUUUUAUUCCUGGCACUAUAUGGCUUGUUACUAGAGUUACCGACUGGAUGUCAUGCAACAGAUACGAGGCAGCCAAGGUUACGUCUGUCACAUAAAGAGCUCUGGGAUUUAAACAGGACGUCAGUCUUUCACAGCCCGUUUGGAUACCUUGGACUUCAUGCAAUGCUGCUAGAUGAGUAUCAGGAGCGACUCUUCGUGGGAGGAAGAGACCUUUUGUAUUCCCUCAGUUUGGAUCGAGUCAGUGACAACUACAGAGAGAUCCACUGGCCUAGUACACCUCUGCAGACAGAAGAAUGCAUAAUUAAAGGAAGAGAUGCCGAUGAAUGUGCAAAUUACAUCCGUGUCCUUCAUCGGUACAACAGAACACAUCUCCUUGCUUGUGGAACAGGAGCUUUUGAUCCGCUUUGUACUUUUAUUAGAGCUGGACACCCAUCAGAGGAUCAUCUGUUUCAGCUGGAAUCGCACAAAUUUGAGAGAGGACGAGGAAGGUGCCCCUUUGACCCCAGUUCUUCCUUCACCUCCAUCUUAAUUGGUGUUGAACUUUUUACUGGCCUCUACAGUGACUACUGGGGAAGAGAUGCUGCUCUGUUUCGCACUAUGAAUCGCAUGGCCCAUCUCCGAACUGAACCUGAUAGUGAGCGCCUGUUGAAAGAACCAAAAUUUGUUGGCUCUUACAUGAUUCCUGACAAUGAAGACCACGAUGAUAACAAAGUAUAUUUCUUCUUUACUGAGAAAGCAUUAGAGGCCGAGACAAGCACUCAUGCCAUAUAUACCAGAGUGGGACGUGUAUGUGCGAAUGAUAUGGGAGGCCAACGGAUGCUUGUGAAUAAAUGGAGCACUUUCCUCAAAACCAGGCUAGUUUGCUCUGUGCCGGGGAGAAAUGGAAUUGAUACACAUUUUGAUGAAUUAGAGGAUGUAUUUUUGCUGCAAACUCGUGAUAACAAAAAUCCAGUGAUAUUUGGCCUCUUCAACACUACAAGCAAUAUAUUUAGAGGAUAUGCUAUAUGUGUUUACCACAUGGCAAGUGUCCGAGCAGCUUUUAAUGGACCAUAUGCUCACAAAGAAGGACCAGAAUACCACUGGGCUCUGUAUGAAGGAAAAGUACCUUAUCCUAGACCUGGUUCAUGUGCCAGCAAGGUGAAUGGUGGUCUGUACACUACCACAAAAGACUACCCUGAUGAAGCUGUCCAUUUUGCUAGAAGUCAUCCCCUCAUGUAUCAGCCCAUCAGGCCUGUUCAUAAGAGACCAAUACUAGUUAAAACAGAUGGAAAAUAUAAUCUUAAGCAAAUAGCUGUGGACAGAGUGGAAGCUGAAGAUGGACAAUAUGAUGUUUUAUUCAUUGGCACAGAUAAUGGAAUUGUACUGAAAGUCAUUACCAUUUACAACCAAGAGACAGAAUCAAUGGAAGAAGUGAUUCUUGAAGAGCUGCAAGUAUUCAAGGUACCAGUUCCUAUUAUUUCUAUGGAAAUCUCUUCCAAAAGGCAACAGCUCUAUGUUGGAUCUGAGUCAGUCAUAGCACAAGUGAAGUUCCACCAGUGUGACAUGUAUGGCACUGCCUGCGCAGACUGCUGCCUGGCUCGAGAUCCAUACUGUGCUUGGGAUGGUAUCUCCUGCUCCCGGUACUAUCCCACAGGAAUGCAGGCAAAGAGACGUUUCCGCAGACAAGAUGUUCGACAUGGAAACGCAGCACAGCAGUGCUUUGGCCAACAAUUCAUUGGUGAAGUUCUGGAGAAGACAGAGGAGAGACUUGUUUAUGGAAUAGAGUACAACAGCACCCUUCUGGAGUGCACCCCUCGGACCCUACAAGCAAAAGUAAUCUGGCUUGUCCAGCGAGCACAUGAAACUAAGAAAGAAGAGGUGAAGACAGAUGAUAGAAUAAUCAAAAUGGACCUUGGGCUCUUGUUCCUGAAGCUGCAUCGUCUGGAUGCAGGGAUCUAUUUCUGUCAAACAGUGGAACACAGCAUUGUCCAUACUAUCAGGAAAAUCACUCUGGAGAUAGUUGAGGAAGAACGCAUAGAUGAAAUGUUCAAUAAAGACUACGAGGAAGAGAUACCUCACAAAAUGCCAUGCCCAAUGCAGAGCAGUAUACCUCAAGCAUCAAGACCAUGGUACAAGGAAUUCCUUCAGCUAAUAGGCUACAGCAACUUCCAGAGGGUGGAGGAAUACUGUGAAAAAGUGUGGUGCACAGAUAAGAAGAGAAAAAAGCUGAAAAUGUCUCCAUCAAAGUGGAAAUAUGCCAAUCCUCAGGAGAAGAAAGCAAGAAUCAGGUCAGAGCACUACCGGUUGCCCAGGAACAUAGCUGACUCUUGAUGGACGAAAUCCACCCAUCCAUUGUUUCUGGGGAAAAUUUUAUUGGACUUAAAUGAGAGGGAGAAAUAGGUCUUGGUUUUGGUGAAUGACACAGGUUUAUAUAUAUAUAUAAAAUACUGGGAUUGAAAGCAAAAAUGCUAUGGUAACUUAUACUGUACAUUCACGAUGACUGUUUGGAAGCAUUUUAAACAAAAUCUUCUUAAUUAUCUAAGUAGGUCAAUGCAGUCAGCAUUUGGCAUUAGGGAGGACACGACAAUCUUCAGAAUUUGAGUGCUUGAAUCAGUUUCCUGUGUGGACCUUGCUUGCACUGUAUAUUGUUGCACAUGAUGGUAUAUUUAACAAAUGCAAAUAGCAAGUGGAUGAAAACUGUAACACUUAUCUUUGUUUCACAAACUCUCAUGCUUCUGAGUGGCACCUCUUAAGAUCUUUCUUUUUGAUUGUGACUUGUCUGAGUGUAUCACUGAGAACAACGAGUUGUGUUAAUACAGUGGACGGCUGUUUCCAAAGGUAAUGAAGGAAAAUCCUAUUUCAUUCCCACCAUUUCUCUGUGUUAUCAGUCAUUCAUGAAGCGCAGUGUGCUCUCACAAGCUCAGUAAUUUUGCCUGGUAACUUGAUGUAAGUAAAAUGCAUGCUGAGAACACAAACAUAAUUGAAUUCUUUGACUUAUCUAUAUAAAAGAAACUUGGAAUGAUGAUUUAGCUAAAAACCGAAUCUUUUUUUUUUUCCUAGCGAUGACCAUUGUCUUAGCAAUGACAAGUAUUGAGAGAGUGCCCUCUUGUGGCUAAACGAAGCAAAAUCCAACGUUCUCAUCCAUUCUCGCAAAAUAAUGCCCAGAUCCACAGCUGGUUUGCUUUCAGCACACGCUUCCAGACUCAGUGUGCUAAAUCCAGAGAUUUAAAAGGCAGUAUUGAAAGUCAUUUAUAUUGGAAAGAAAACAUUUAAAGCAAGGAAUGCUUUAUGCUGCUAACAUGCUUUUCAGGUAAAAUGCAGUCAUAAAAGUUAGGAUGUAGGUUAAAAAGAAGCACAGCACAAUGUCACUGUGUUUCUAUAUUUUCAGGGUCUGUUCCAGGUAAAAAAAUGUCUGAUAAGUGGUCUGGUCAGAAGGGUCGCUUUUCUGCUCUUGUGAGUGAUAUUGGGCGAGGAGAUCAAAGAAGUCACUUAAAUUCUAGGUCCUUUCAAGACUUACUAAAAAAAAAAAAAAAUCUUUCUUUAAGUACAAGUAACCAAAUACAGGGAAAUUAGCAUUUCACUGCUUGGGAAAUCUGAUGGUACAAUAUUAAUUGGAAAUUUAAAACAAGUCAAAGAAGUUGUAAGCACAAAGGUGUCACAAAGGAAUCACUCUUCAAAUGAAAAGGUGAUGCCAACAGGAGAAAUAGCCAAGGUGAUACAGACCUUGAGGCCACCAAAAAAUACAGCAGGAAUUCACCAAACCCAGAGGCUCAUGCUGAGCUUCAAUUUCUAAUCAGGAAACAUAAUUUAGACUUAGAGGGUAUUAACAGCCUGGAUAACAGAGGUUUGCUAGGUCUGUAAUAUUAACAGAUGCAGCAAUCGAUGCUAAAUCAAUGUUUUACGAACAGGCAAGAGGAUUCCAUAGCUGCUGGCUGAACUUGGUUGUCCUUUUACGUGACCAUUGACUACCCCAGUAUCUGAAAGGAACCUGUAGGCACAUUGUUAUCACUCAGAGUGUGAGGAAAACGGGCUUUCACCUUGUGUUGGUAUGACAGUAGAUAAUCUCUCUAUCAGCUAUCUGUGUUAAGGAAAUGGAUUUAUCUGAGGGUCUGCACUUUGUUUAGACAGAAUGCCUGUCUAAGAGAUGGGACUGGACACUGUGCACAGGCUUGCAUGAAUUCACACAGUUGCUAACUUUGAUGCGAUACAGGAGACUGGGUAGGUUCACUUUUCUGUGAUAGUCUAGUGGAAUUUAGUUGCAGUUAGGAUCCUCUGUCUGUUUAGUUAUAUGAAAAGUACUAUCACUGAUAGCUGUAGCAGAGGUAACACAAACUGCACAAGCAUCCCUGAUUUAAAUUUAAUUGCCUACACAAUUCUUACUGGCAUUCUUGAUGGGAAGUUGUUGAAAUCCUUUUCUGCUGAAUUAUGAUGUCCACUUCUUCUCAACAGCAAGGCAAGUUGUAUUUUACUACUUCUGAUUCAUUUGCUACAAUCUAGUGCCAAAUGCACCAUUAAUGGAGUAUUAGAAAAGAAUAACAGCAUCUCAGUCUGCUGGAACAAAUCUAACUUUGUGUAUCAUUUUCUGAGAUUUCAGGUGGAAAUCAUCUGAUAUUCAAAUCAGGAUUCCUGAUUUAAUACAAGGGUGUGGAUUUUUAGCUCCACAUCCCUUACAUAUGGAGAAGUUAGUUAAUUUUUUAUUUACUCUUUAAAAAUUAAAUUUCUUGCUCACACCUUGCUGCUUUCAGGGUUGCAAAGUCUGUGAGAAUUUGGUACUACAAGGUCUUGUUCAAAGAGUGCUAUGACAUUUAUGGAAGAAGUGAAAGAGUGACAAUGUAUUUUGGAAGGAUGAGCACAAAUGUGCUCGUUCACAGACAGUUAUUUAAAAUGCUUCUUUGUAUAUUGGGGGGGGCAUUGUCUGCUUCUUUCCAUUAUGAGUUUGAUGUAUUUUGUAUGUGCAUGAAGUCAUCAGAUUAUAAAUAUAAUUAAGACUCACA